AUGUUUUUAAUAAUACUAGCUUGUCUUGUUGCGUUGUUGUAUUACUACACGACUAGAAAUCACAGUUACUGGGCUAAGAAAAAUGUGAAACAUGAACGACCUAUACCUCUAUUCGGAACGCAUUUUAGAAAUAUAGUGGCGUUGAAAAGUGCGAGUGAACUUGCACAUGAAUUUUACGUUAAGUUUAGUGAUGAAAAGGUUAUAGGAGCUUACCGUGGUAAUGACAAGGAGCUGAUUGUCAAGGACCCAGACAUAAUAAGAGACAUUUUAAUGGUCGACUUCAACAAUUUUCAUAAUCGUGGCUUUGGCAGAGAUCCGGAAAAGGAGCCACUGAUGAAAAAUCUGUUUCACGCAGAGGACGACUUAUGGAAAUUGUUGAGACAUAAAUUAACACCAGCGUUCACCACAGCGAAACUUAAAUCUAUGUUCCCUCUUAUAGUACAGUGUGCGGAAAAGUUGGUUGGCCUGGGAGAGAAUAUUAUCGCUAAUGGAGGGGACUGUGACAUACGAGAAGUUAUGGCGAAAUUCACAACCGAGUUCAUAGGCGCCUGCGGCUUCGGAAUAGAGAUGGAUACCAUCAAUAAUGACAACUCUGUAUUUAGACAAAUAGGAAAGAAAAUGUUCUCACGAUCAGACAUGGAAGUGUUUUGGUUUGCUAUAUGGGACAUGUUUCCAGAAGUAAGAAAUAUUAUGAAUCUCACCAACAAAAAACUUGAAAGAGUUAUGUUUGAUAUGGUGACAAAGAUCUUCGAGCAGCGAAAUUAUAAAUCUAUUGGCAGAAAUGAUUUCGUCGAUCUGCUGUUAGAUUACUUCUCUCAAGGAAAAAUACAGAGUGAAUCUAUCAAAUACAAGAACCCGGACGGCACAGCGAAACAGGUCGAUAUGGAAAUGGAUAUCGAUGUUAUGGUCGCACAAGUAUUUGUUUUCUUUGCGGCUGGAUUUGAAACAUCUUCAUCUACGACCAGUUACACGUUGCACGAACUGGCUUACCAUCCCGAAACACAGAAGAAAAUUCAAGAAGAAAUAGAUCGAGUUCUAAUUAAAUAUGACAACAAGUUGUGUUACGAUGCUGUCAAUGAAAUGACUCUUUUGGACAUGGCCAUGAAAGAGGCGUUGAGGUUGAUGCCGGCCGUGGGGGUUCUCAACAGACAAUGCGUUAAGCCAUACACCAUAAAACAAGUAGGACUAACUAUAGAACCCGGUGUCAAUAUAAUUAUACCUGUACAAUCGCUACAUCUAGAUGAAAAGUAUUUUGAUGACCCUUAUGAAUUCAAACCAGAAAGAUUUGCCGACGAGGACUUUAACCAACGGACUAAGAACGUUUACUUGCCUUUCGGAGCCGGACCUCGCGCUUGUAUUGGGGCUCGUUUAGGACAGAUGCAGUCUCUGGCUGGCCUCGCUGUGAUGCUUCACAACUUUUCAGUCGAGCCUUCAAAAAACGCAAAAAGAAAUUUAAACAUCAACCCUCGGCUUAAUGUCGUACAAGGAGUACUACACGGCGUGCCGAUUAAACUAAUAAAGAGAAAAUAA